UUCACCGAGCAGUACUUAUAUCCGUUGUUCUCGCCCUGUCCCUGCCGUUAGAUUGCAGGAUUCCCCGUGCCAACCAAUCCGCAAGACCAACAACUUAUAUUUCAGAGAAAGACAUCGCCUUCUUUCAACAUGUCGACUAACUACUCUGAAAAGGCACAAGCGGAUACCUUCCGCUCGGGGGACGUGACACCGAUUACAAUCGCUGAACCUCUAUCCUCGGUGGGACCCUCGACAGGGACGACAACUCCAUCCAUCCACUCCGACAAAGGCGGCGAUGAGAAACAAGUUGAGAGAGUCACGCAGCGUGCGGUCCUCCCCGACCAACUCGGAUCCGAGUUGAGCCAGCAAGUCCGAUACAAAUAUGCCUCCUCAUACAGGAAAAUAUUUGGAGUCAUCUUUACUGCUAACUUGGCUGUCUUCAUCGCCUUGCUAGCAUCCGCAAAAGGCAAGCCUAACUCCCGCGAUGUGGGUAGUGCCGCCUCAGCAAACCUCAUGGUCAGCAUUCUCUUCCGCCAGGAAGAAUUCGUAAAUCUUUGCUAUGAAAUCUUCACAUGCGUCCCACACUCCUGGCCUCUAUACAUUCGAAAGCGUCUCGCAAAAGUCUUCCACUACGGCGGCUGCCAUAGUGGCGCAGGUACUGCUGCUGUCGUAUGGUAUAUCCUAUAUACGAUAUUAGCGACCAAGGAUUGGAUCGACGAGCCGGUCACCGACCAGCUUAUCAACAUGAUCACCAGCUGGAUCUUAGUAUCGAUGUUCGCCGUUAUCUUAACAUCAGCCCACCCAGACCUGCGACGAAAAUUCCACGACUACUUCGAGGCUUUCCACCGUUUCGCCGGUUGGGUAGCCGUCACAACUUUCUGGGUCCACAACAUCUUCUCGGCCAGAGUUACCGCCCGACAAUGGGAUGCCUCUCUCGGCUACGUCCUGAUCCACUCGCCUAACUUCUGGUGUAUUUGCAUUUCGACUUCUUGCACAUUCGCUUCCUGGGGCCGUCUACGCCGCCGCACCGUAUAUCCCGAGAAGUUGAGCAACCACGCCACACGUCUGCAUUUCAAGUACAGGGGCAUGGCACCUUUCUACGGCCUGAAGAUCAGCGACAAGCCCUUAACCGAGUGGCACGCUUUCGCCACCAUUCCUGAUGUUGACCCCGAGUCCGGAAAGAUCAACGGCUUCAGUGUCGUCGUUAGUAACGCGGGAGAUUGGACUAAGAAGCAAAUUAACAAGCCCUACGAGCGAAAGCUCUGGGUCCGUGGCGCACCUCUUCACGGUCUCCUCUACACAUCGAAGUUGUUCAAGCAAAUUGUCGUGGUCGCUACCGGAUCUGGAAUUGGACCUUGCUUAUCUCUACUCUUCGCUAGCAUCACACCCCGCCGAGUAUUCUGGAGUACCCGGGAGCCUCAUGCAACGUACGGUCCUCAAGUUGUAUCGGAAGUCAAGCGAGCCGACCCCAACGCCAUUAUCUGGAACACCCACGAGAGGGGAUACCCCGAUAUCGUGCGAGAAGUAUAUCAACUGGUUCACGAGUCUAACGCGGAAGCCGUCUUCAUCAUUUCGAACCCUAAGGUGACGGAGAAGGUUGUAUACGGCAUGUCUACCCGUGGCAUCCCCGCGUACGGUGCCAUCUUCGACUCCUAAAUAACCGGCUCUAAUUGAACGGCCUUGAUACAACUGUACAUCGUUAUACCUACUUGCAAAGCUACUAAAGCUUGCCGGAGCUGGGGGGGUUAGGAAGG